AUGGCGUUAGCUCCUCGUCUGCGACGUAUCCUCGCGAGCGCGAGGUGGGAGAUCAAGGACUCUUUGAGCAAUCGACAUUCACGUCGCACACACGCGCACGGGCAACAUGCGCUUCCAUCCAACGCCGAUGUUGUGGCAGCCAUGGAUAAACCGGUUGCUGACUUCGGACCCGUCACACUCGACUUCGCCAAGCUCGUAAAGCGUGGAAACGGACCAUUCGAGGAGUACGACCGGUUGUCAAAGAACGGCACGUUGCGCCCCGACGACUCUCAGCGCCGUGCCGUCGCCGUUCUCGACGUUCUGCACCGCGAAUUGGCCGCGAGGCUUUGCGCGCUCGAAACGACGCCGUCGUCGUCGCUGUUUCCAACGGUGGGAAACAAGAAAUCGGAAAAUAGUUGGUUUAGUUCCCUCCUAAGUGCACGAACGCGGACGUCCAAGCCCAAUGGACGCUCCAAAUUAGAGGCAACCCACGGUGGUAUCUAUCUUCACGGUGGCCCCGGCUGCGGGAAAUCAUCGGGUACUCAUAAAAGACGCGUGCAUUUUCACUCAUUCAUGUUAGAAACUCAUCGGGCGCUACACAAGCUCGGGAAGUCGUCUAGUGGUGUUGACACUGUCGCAACGUACGCGAUGCAGAUUGCAGAUAAUUGUGCAGUCCUUUGCCUGGAUGAGUUUCAUGUCACUGACGUUGCAGACGCGAUGAUCAUUCGCAGACUACUGGAUAGUUUAUGGGCAAAUGGGGUGACGCUAGUGAUCACGAGUAACAGGGCACCUGGGGAACUAUAUAAGAACGGGCUGAACCGCGUGCAGUUUAUGCCAUGCAUCGACGCUAUUGAGGCGCGAUGUGUAGUGCAUCCGAUGGAGAGCACACGGGAUUAUCGUUUGUUCGGUGUUGCCGCACUGGACGAUGAUGAGAAGGGGACGGAAGCAACCGACGAUAUGGUAGACGAAAGCAAAACUUUGUAUGACAUUCAAAACCAUAGCGGUCAUGGGAAUACAAAGAUGACGAGUGGCAGCAAGAGCGGGACGUGGCGGGUUGCUUCCCCCAGGCCAGAUUCAGGAUCACAAUACAGAGCAGAAGGAGAAGCAGAGUCUUGGCUUCGCUUGAAACUACGACGGCUUGCCAAACUUGCCGUGGAGGAAAACAUGGUGCGGGUUGAAGUUGCUGUUGAUGGUCGACGAGUCCUCAUUAAUCGUGCGAGUGGCGGUGUCGCUCAUUUGCACUUCAAUGAGGUUUGCGACAGCGCCCUCGGUGCAGCAGACUACACCGCCAUUGCGGCUGUAUUUCACACCGUUGGGCUCUCAAGCGUCCCUUUGAUGACAAGGGACCGCCUAGAUACAAUGCGGCGUUUUAUUACCUUUAUCGACGUUUUGUAUGAGCACAAGGUAAAGUUGCUGGUAGUUGCUGCUGCGCUGCCGCUUGAGCUCUUCAACACCGGGGGCAAACGGUUUCUAAGUUUGACAGAGGAAGAGUUUGCCUGGGGGCGUGCGGCGUCGCGUCUGAUGGAGAUGUCAACUUCAGAGUAUCUCGAAGCGCCGUGGCGGCCAAAGUCUGGUGCCUGGUUGCUGGAGCAGGCUCGUGUAACAGAGGUCAUCCCAGCAAGUGUCCUCAGGGCGUUGUGGCAGAGAUAUGAUGCUGAUCACAAUGGGGUGCUUGACGAGUCAGAACUUGAGGAGUUACUCGCAGAUUUGAAUGAGACCCGGCGGGGACACAGAAACGUCCCUGAGGAGCAGCUCCGGAGCGCGUGGGAAAUGCUGACAAACCGUGGAAAACGAGGAUUAGUGAAAUGUAUGGGAAUGGGAGUGGUUAAUUCGACGUGUGCAGAGGAUGGCAAGGAGAUGGAGGCGGUGCUGCCGUCAAGGCGAGGUGAUGCGUUCAUCGUAUUUGACGAUUUCAUUCAGUACGGUAAUGAUGCAUUCGCAGCGUGUAUGCAGGUGUGAGUUUUAUCUUUAGAAUGAUGUGGUUUGUCGCUAGACUCAUGACUGCCUCUAGCACUCCUCCAAAGAUACCUUCGUACUUCCGAUAUACAUCCGGAAGUGACAGUAGUGCUGUGCACGUAUGGUACGAACGAAAGAAGUUACGGAAAUAUGAGGACGCAGAAACGAGAUCGACGAUUCCUAUGAGCAAAUUGUCUCAAAUUGUACGCGCCCCUAUAGAUGAUGUACUGUACGGAAGUACUUGAACGGAG